AAACUUCUAAGUAGGAGGUUAGUGGUAGUUUAUCCUUAGCUUCCCCAUCUUCACUGCCUUCUCUGCCAGAUCUCUAUCCCUAAACCUCUUUCAAGGCCAGAGAACAUCAAAGAGAGAGAGAGAGGGCCGAUGGAGAAGCUUAUCUACUCUAACCCCAUCCCUUCAAAACUCCAUCUAAAACCCUAUCCUUUUCUGACACGACUCGGCCGAGUUGACGCCCCAAAACUCGUUCUUCCGUCAUCACGGCGCACCGAGUCUCAGCGAGUCAACUCGUUAUCCUGCAAACAGGAAGACCCAUAUUCUAAUUCCUCCUCAUCAAAUUCUCCAAUUAAUUUUUCUGAUAAUUACACAGCAAAAGCAUCUUCAACGGUGGAUUUUCCAGAUGGGUCUGUGCCCAAACCCCAAUUUCUCAAACAAAUCGCCGAUGCAUUCCCUAGGCAACAAAAGGCAGUUGCUGCAGGGACGGUGAUACUACUCUCAGCUCUUUUUAUGAUAUUUGUGUCACCGGCGUUUGCUUCUUUCCAAACUGCGGCUAAGACUGGUGGUACAGCUGCAGCUGUGGCAGGUGGUAGACUCCACCCUGAAUUAUUAAGUAGUGCGUGGACUGGUUUCUUUGCCGGUUGCUUACACACUCUAUCAGGACCUGACCACCUUGCUGCUUUGGCUCCACUUUCGAUUGGCCGCACCCGGUUGGAAAGUGCUGCUGUUGGAGCUCUCUGGGGCUGUGGCCAUGAUGCUGGACAGGUGAUUUUCGGCUUACUGUUUCUAAUUCUGAAGGAUCGACUCCAUAUUGAAGUCAUCCGAACCUGGGGCACUAGAGUGGUGGGCUUUACACUACUUGUUAUCGGUGGCAUGGGCAUCAGGGAAGCAUCAGAAGUCCCUACCCCAUGUGUUUCCCUUGAAAAUGGUGAAUGCGACAUUGGCGUCUAUGAAGCCCUUGAGAACCCAGCGAUUGGGAAGAAAAAGAAGAUUGGGUUUGCUACUUUUGCCACAGGGAUUGUCCAUGGUCUGCAACCUGAUGCACUGAUGAUGGUCUUGCCUGCACUUGCUUUGCCAUCUCGCUUGGCCGGCGCUGCAUUUCUAUGUAUGUUUUUAGUUGGGACUGUAGUUGCAAUGGGGAGUUAUACAGUCUUUAUAGGCUCUUGCAGUCAGGCACUAAAAGAGAGGGUCCCUAGGAUAACUGAGAAGCUCACAUGGGCUUCUUCCCUUAUAGCAAUCACUCUAGGAUUAGCCAUUCUCAUCAGUCAAUUUUUCGGGUAUAGCUUGUAUUAAUUCAAGCUUUGCAUUUCAUUUGAUACCCCUAGUGUUAGGAAGAGAUUUUGAGAGGAAUUUACCCUUUCAGCAACAAAAAUUCAUCUUUCCAAAACGUUGUAUCUCGAUUAGAUAUUUCAUCCUUGAUUACUUAUCAAGUUUUCCUUUCGAGGCUGUAGUUUAUAUGUAAGGGUGUGCAAAAAUCUGAAAAUCCGACUCCGGUUCAACUCUGUCUCCGUUGGAGUCAGGAAGAAAAUCCAUAAUCCAGUCGGAGUCUAAAGGCCUUUUUGA